AGGAGGAAACAUCACUCCAAAAGACGGAGGCCAUUACCUGCUUUCUUCCUCUUCAUGGCAGACAAACGUCCCUCGCUCAGGUGUGAUCAUCCAAACUGGACUGUGGUCCAGAUGGCCAAACGGUUGGGGGCUAUGUGGCACCAGCAGUCCACUGCUGACAAAGAAAAGUACAAGAAAAAAGCAGCUCAGCUGUGGAGCCAGUACCAUAAGGGCAAGGGCAAGGGCAACUGCACCAAGAAUCAGAAGAAGAAGAAGUCAGGCAGGUGCUCCGGAUUUAUGAGAGACUUGGAACGCCUGGGCU